AUGUUUCCUCGACAGAAUAACGGCCUUCUCACUGUCAGAGCCGCUCUCUAUAAUGCUGCAUCUAUGAUCAUCGCAGAAACGGCAACAAUAACCGUCUCCGCAGUUGAAUUCUCGGAUGUGCAACCUAAGCCAUGGACCUUACCAUUCGAUCAACCGGUCAAUCUUACAGCUGGUAUUAGCUACAGUGCCGCCUAUUGGUAUGCUGGUUCCAGUAACGGCGGUGUUGGUAAUGCCAAGGUGUUCGUCACAAGCCCCGCUAAUGCGACGUGGAUUACUCCAGCUGCUAACUUUUCUACGGUGAAUGGAUCAUUUCCUAGGCUUCUAGCCGCACCUUAUACUUACGAUAUUGGUACUAUUGCUCCAUUCAUUCAAUUGAUCGGCUUACCAUGCACCAAUACAGUCCGUGCUACCCCUAUUCAUCUCAACGAGACAAUAUUCUCCAUAUUACAAGAAAUCCAACGUAAAUAUGUUCACGUGCCGGCCAUUGGUGCCUCGAUCAUUCAAAUGCCUUCAUUGGAAUCGUACACAGGCGCCCAAUCAUCCCCACAUGUGAUCUGUCCGUUCAUUCCUGUGUCAACGGUGGUGUCUGGUGUUCGCCGUGCUGAUGCAGUGACUCCAGAGAUAGUAACAGUCAACGAUAAAUGGCAUCUCGGAUCAGAAACAAAAUCAAUGACGGCCAUUCUCAUUCAUAUGUUAAUUCAAGCAGGAAAAUUAAAUCUUACCACCACUGUCGGUGAGGUCUUCCCUUAUUUGCCAUUUUCUUCAACUUCAACACCACCUUCAAAUUCAUGCACCUGCGUCGAUCUCUCUAAUGCUGUUGGUUAUUUCGCUAAAUCUCCCUAUUCUUGUGGUUUGACCAUUCAUACCUCAUGGAAAUAUGUGACUAUUGCUCAUUUAUUGACUCACGCCUCGGGUCUUGGCGCGCUGGAAACAGUAUUUAAUGUGCUCACUGUUGAAGAAUUAGCAUUAGAAAGAAAUGGCACCAAGGAAUCUUGUAGCAACUAUGUUUUGCCGUCACGUCGCUAUCAUAUAAGUCUCUUAUUAUCGAUGGCUAUUCCCAGUCCACCACCAUCGAUUAAUGUUCCUGUAGCCUACUCUUAUUCGAACAAUAAUUUUAUUUUAUUAGGAUUAAUCUUAGAAGAAAUCUGGUGCAUACCAUGGGAAUCGAUUAUUCAACGCCAAUUAUUUGAUCCUUUGGGAAUGAUUACAGCAGGAUUUGGCUCACCAAUUCAACAAGUACCGUUGAAUUCAUUCGCUACUCAACCAUUGGGUCAUUACAUAGAUGCAGCUGGUGUGAUACAUAGUAUUGACUCUGAUCUACCGAAGGUUUGGGCACCUGCGGGUACGGUUCACGCUAGCCUUAAUGAUUGGGCUAAAUUCAUUGCCUGUCAUUUACAAGAAGCACGUGACCUAACGUCAUUCGGCUUUGCUCCUGUGAAUAGUAGUUUCCUCAAUUCAGCGACCUCACCUUAUUUACUCUCGGCAUCGAUGUGGCAAAGUAUUCAUACCGCAUACGUUUUUCCCUCAGCAUCUACUCCCAAUUAUCAAUAUUCACUCUCCGCAAUGGGUAUUAACAAGGAUAGCCUUGGCCUAUCUCUAUUGCACACUGGCAGCAACACCAUUUGGUACGCUUAUGUUUUAGUUUAUCCUCGAUUAGUUCCGCCAAUGGCUCUUUUAAUCACAACCAAUAUCGGAAAUGGUAAUGCUGUUGUAGAAGCUAAGGCAGCUAUUAUAAAUAUUUAUCUCACUUGGCAACAACAAGGACAGCCAUCUGCAACGGACACCUCAGCAGCUCCGCCGCCUGCGUCACUUAGUUUCGGGCUCGCUCUCAUUUUAACCUGCAUUCACUUCAUCCACUAG